AUCUAUUCCAAAUGCGUUUGAAAAAGUAACUUCAAACAUGGGUGUGUGUGAAAAACACUGGCCACCAGGCUGUAAAAUGCACAAGCCUCCUCGAUCAAAGUUUGAGGUUCCUGUUGAUCCCCCAUCUAUUUUUCCUGGAUGCACAUCUUCAAUGGUGCGCCAAACAGUCUCAACACAACCAAGAUCUACAAAUAUAAAUAAAAUUUCUUUAACAUCACGAAAUGCAAUACCUGAUGAAUUGGAUGAUUUCAAUCAAAUUGAUUUAAUUAGAUUUUAUGAUGUUGAAAUAAUGUUGUCUGAAAUAAAAGAAAGGCAUACAAAAGUUAACUGCUAUGACCUGCUCAGUUUUUCUCAUUGUCUUACUCGGUGGUCACAGCUUGAAGCUAUUGUCAAAAGAGUUUGUACCUCUAGUCCUGAAAUAAAAGAUGAGGUAUUAAGUUUGAUUAGUCAAAUUGAAAAUACAUACAGUGACACUUCUGAAGAAAUUUCUUUCCUCAUUGAACAACUACGCCUCACCACUUAUUCCCCAAAUGGACUGCGCUUUUUUACUUUAUGUAUACGUCGUGCACUUGAACUGUAUUUGUCCUCCACAUGUUGUUAUCAACAUUUAAGAAUUCUGCUUUGUUUGCCCAGUCCAAAGACUCUCAUUUCAAAAUUAGGAAGAGUUGGAGAAGUUGGAAAUGAAAAAGAGUGCAAUAAUACAAUCAAAGUUGUUUUUGAAAAUUUUAAUAGUUCUGAAAAGUGUUGCUGCCUUCUCUUUGAUGAGAUGUAUAUUAAACCAAGUGUUAGUUUCAGAGGAGGACACCUCAUUGGAUAUAGUGAGGAAAAUCCCACUAAAAUUGCAAAAACGUUAUUAGUCUUUAUGAUUAAACCUAUGUUUGGUAAACCUUCUUUUGUUUGUAGAAUUGUACCAAUAUUUCAACUGUCAGUGCACUUUCUUCACGAUUUGAUUAUAAACAUAAAUAAACAAAUAAUUGAUGGAGGAGGAGAAUUACUGUGUCUUUUAUCAGAUAACCAUCCCACAAAUCGAAAAUUAAACCUAUGUUUAGUAAACCUUCUUUUGUUUGUAGAAUUGUACCAAUAUUUCAACUGUCAGUGCACUUUCUUCACGAUUUGAUUAUAAACAAAAAUA